AAAUUGUAAACUUGCGCAGUGAGUGAAUACACUUAACUGUAAAGGGAUAUAACAUUUCAGAUAUAUAUAAAAAAGUUUACUUUAUGCUAUACAUUCCAAAAUUUUAUUAGUGGGUCUGGAGAGAGUAGUGUGUACGCAGACUUUACCUCUACCCUGAGGUAGAGAGACUGUUUCCGAUAGACCCCCGUCUCUCUCCCUCCAAGAACUCCCACCUUGCUCUUGGGUGACUUGAACUCACAACCUCUUUGUUGGAAAUGGAGGGUGCUCACCGCUAGAGCAACCCACUCUUGUCCAAAUAUUACAACAAAGAAAAUUCAAUUGACCCCUCUGAACACACUUGGCUCCUAGACUGCCACGAAGCCAGCGUCUUCUUAGAGGACAUGCAUAGUGCGCACUCGGAUGAUGUCAACUGUAUCAAUGAGGAAAACAAAAAUGAAACUGCACUAUAAAUAUGUACAAAAAUUUAGAUGUAAAACCUUUGUGGGGAGAGAAAACAGAAAGAAGGAUGAGUCAAGCAAUGAUUGCUUAUCCCACCGGCUGGCAUCACUUAGCAAAUUCUCAAUCGGCCAUUGGGGGAUACAGUUUCUGUUCAGUUAAAAAUACAUACUCAUUUUCACCUUUAGUCAUGUGGAGGGGAAGAGAGAGACAUAGAAUCAGAGAUUAUAAGGAGAAAAGGAUGACUCAUAAAAUAUUAGCAAUGGAUGCUUCUUUCUCUGAUCAUCGUCACGUGGCAAAUUUUGAAUCAACCGUUUGGGGAUAUCAUUUCCUCUCCUAUACUUAUCAACUUACAGAAAUUAGAACCCAAGAAAAACUUGAACUUGAUGAGUUAAAAGAAAAAGUCAGGAAGAUGUUAGUAGAAACUCGUGACAAUAGUACACAAAAACUUGUCCUGAUUGACACAAUCCAACGAUUGGGAGUAGCAUAUCAUUUUCAUAAUGAGAUCGAAACAUCUAUUCAAAACAUCUUUGAUGCGUCCCAACUGCAGACUGAGAAUAAUAUUGAUGAUAACCUUUACGUUGUCGCUCUUCGUUUCCGGCUUGUAAGACAACAAGGCCAUUACAUGUCUUCAGAUGUGUUCAAGCAAUUCACUAAUCAUGAUGGAGGAUUCAAGGAAGCCCUUAGUAAUGAUGUCCAAGGAUUACUAAGUUUGUAUGAAGCAUCACAUAUGAGAGUGCACGCGGAGGAGAUUCUAGAAGAAGCUCUUACCUUUACCACUAUUCAUCUCGAGUCCAUGGUCACAAACUUGAACAAUUUUAACUCGCUUAAGGCUCAAGUUUCUGAAGCCUUAAGCCAGCCUAUUCGUAAAACCGUACCAAGGUUGGGGGCAAGGAAAUACAUAUCCAUUUAUGAAGACAUUGAUGCACACAACAAAUUGCUUUUGAAAUUCGCAAAAUUGGAUUUUAACGUGUUGCAAAAGCUGCAUCAAAGAGAGCUUAACGAGCUUACGAGAUGGUGGAAAGAUUUGGAUUUUGUGAACAAAUAUCCAUAUGCAAGAGACAGAUUGGUUGAGUGUUUUUGGAUAUUAGGAUUGUAUUAUGAGCCUCAGUAUAGUCGUGCGAGAAAAAUGAUAACAAAAAUAAUCAAGAUCGACAGCAUCCUUGAUGACACUUUUGAUGCUUAUGCAACCCUUGAUGAACUCGUGCCGUUCACUGAUGCGAUACAGAGAUGGGACAUUAGUGCGAUAGAUUCCCUACAGCCAUAUUUGAGACCUGCUUAUCAAGCCCUUCUAGACGUUUACAGUGAAAUGGAAGAAGUACUGGCCAAAGAAUGUAAAUCCGACCGCGUAUACUAUGCAAAAUAUGAGAUGAAAAAGUUGGUGAGAGCCUUUCUUAAGGAAGCCCAAUGGUUGGAUGCUGGCUAUACUCCAACUUGUGAGGAGUAUACUAAGAAUGCACUUGUAAGCUGUGGCUAUAUGAUGUUAGCAACAACUUCCUUGGUCGGAAUGGAGGAGUUUAUAUCCAGAGAGACUUUUGAAUGGAUAAUAAAUAAGCCUUCGAUAGUUCUGGCUGCGUCAACAAUUAGCAGAGCAAUGGACGAUAUUGUUGGCCAUGACGUUGAACAACAAAGAGGACAUGUAGCUUCAAUUAUUGAAUGCUACAUGAAAGAAUAUGGAGCAUCAAAGGAAGAGGCAUACGUUAAGCUACAGAAGGAAAUCAAGAAUGCAUGGAAAGUUAUAAACAAGGAAUUAUUCCUUCCUACUGAAGUACCAAUGUUUGUCCUUGAACGAGUUAUAAAUUGUGCACGUGUGAUGGACACUCUGUAUAAAGAGGGAGAUGGAUACACAAACUCCAAAGGCAAUGUUAAAAACAUGAUUAACUUGUUACUGGUUGAACCUAUCAAAAUAUGAGGAUAUAUAGUGAUGCAGGUGAGCAUUUAGUCAAGUAUUUGGGCCAAAUGAGGCAUAUGUAUGAAUUGAAGUCCUAUUUAUUUGCGAUCGAUAAUAUAUGAACUAUUAUUUUCA